AUGGCGCACAUCUCUCACAGGCGAACUCGGCAGAUCACCCCGGAGAGGCUUAGCCUCCUGGGCCAUCCGCCCAAUGUGCGAUCUACAUCGACCAAGAGGAAGAGGAGAGUUCUCGGCCAUUCACGCCGGUUAACUGAAAGAGCCACCACUGGAGAGAUCCACAUCAGUCCGUCACGUCAAAAAAGCCGUAUCACCCUCCGACUGCGCCAGCAGCAGUGUCAGGGUCCUGAGUCAGCCUGGUGGACUUCUUCGGAAAUCUUCGGCCAGAAUGACGACGACAAAAACGACAAAAACCAGGAUGACGGUGAACAAAGCCAGGAUGAGGCCGCCACCAAAGAAAUGGUUCGGCAAGCUUGGCUCAAACGGCUACGUCCCAGAGCGUGUCAUCAAUCUUCGCCGGUCAAGUCCAAUGAGACGCGGAAGAGCAAGCGGGUUUGCAAGGUUUAG